AUGGCCUCACGACUCGAGUGCUGCAAGUGUGUUUCCAUGGUAACCGAGUGUAGUAUUGAGAAGAGGAGCAAAGAGUGAGCGAGGAAGAGGCGCUGAGGAUAACCCUGAGCGCUGCGUCUCCUCUCUGUGUGUGUUUAUGUCUUUAGGAGGAGCUGGAGGAUCAUGGGAGGAUGGAGGCCCGGUUCUUUAUUCAGAGAGGAUCAUGGGAGGAUGGAGGCCCGGUUCUUUAUUCAGAGAGGAUCAUGGGAGGAUGGAGGCCCGGUUCUUUAUUCAGAGAGGAUCAUGGGAGGAUGGAGGCCCGGUUCUUUAUUCAGAGGUUCAGUCCAAACACAGAGAGACGUCUUUGACUGAUCAGAGAUCUGCAGCUCAGCGGGUCUGACAAGGAUUCUUUCUGUCUUUCUUUCCUCUUUUCUUUCUUUUUUCCUUUUUUCUUUCUGACUUCUUUGUUUCUAUUUUUUCUUUCUUUCUUACUUUCCUCACUUCUAUCUUUCUUUCUUUCUUUUGUUUCUUUCUUUCUUUCUUUUUCUUUCUUUGUCUUUUUUCUUUCUUUUUCUUUCUUUUCUUUUUUCUUUUGUUUGUUUGUUUUUUUUUCUUUUGUUUCUUUCUUUCUUUCUUUUCUUUCUUUCUUUCUUUCUUUCUUUUGUUUGUUUGUUUCUUUUUUCUUUUUUCUUUUGUUUCUUUCUUUCUUUUCUUUCUUUCUUUUGUUUCUUUCUUUCUUUCUUUUGUUUGUUUGUUUCUUUCUUUCUUUUUUCUUUUUUCUUUUUUCUUUUGUUUCUUUCUUUUGUUUCUUUCUUUUGUUUCUUUCUUUCUUUCUUUCUUUCUGUCUUUCUUCUUUUUCCUUUCUUCCUUUUUUGUUUCUUUUUUCUUUUUUUUCUUUCUGUCUUUCUUUCUUUCUUUCUUUCUUUCUUUCUGUCUUUCUUUUUCUCAAACUGUAAGAACAACAACAACUAAAAAGUACUAGAAACAAAAACACUGAACACAAUAACACAUCUGUUCCUGAAACAACUGAACAUGUCAAAGAUAAAUUCACACAAACAUGUUUGUCGUCGUUGCUCCGACCUCCAUAUCUUCGACUUUAUAACACGCUAAUCUGUUCCUCUGGUCUAACAUGAACACUGAGAUCAUCACAGCCUGACUUAUCUGUGUCCUUCAGCUCAUCUUCUCACUGACUCCAUCAAACUGAAGCGUCCUCCAGCGUUUCUAGGAACAUCACGCCGUUUGCACAUUGAGCAUGCUCCUGAAAAAACGGCGGUCAUGUAUUAAAGGGACGGGGUGAUGGGUCUGUGAGCAGUGUGUCAGAGUGUGAGUGCUGGCUGUGUCAUGGCGGCCUCACGCCUGGACGGGGUCGAGGACGCCAUCAUCAUCAUCAUCAUCAUCAUCAUCAUCAUCAUCAUCAUCAUCACAAGACUCAACGGGGACGUGAUCAGCAGUGGAGCAGAGAGAGCGCCGAGCUCCAGCUGAUCCUUACAGACAGUACACUUCAGUAGACGGACGUUUGAACACACACUCACUUCAGACACACACACACACACACACACACACACACACACACACGCUCUUCAAAUAAACUUUACUUACUUACUUGUGUUCUCAUCAAGACAUGAAGUGACUGUAUUGUUAAUAUUUACAUGAACUGUCUUUGGUCCACAGCUCCUCCUCCUCCUCCUCCUGAUGAUGAUGAUGAUGAUGAUGAUGAUGAUGAUGAUGAUGAUGAUGAUGAUGAUGAUGAGGAGGAGGAGGAGGAGGGGGAGGAGGUCCUGAGGGUCUCAUGUCUUCUGCUGACAUUCAAGGAAAGUGAAAUUUAACGGUCUGAGAUUCUGAACAUGAAAAAAGUCUUUUCUUUAACCACGAACCUGAAAACCUUCUUCUUCUUCUUCUUCUUCUUCUUCUUCUUCUUCUUCUUCUUCUUCUUCUUCUUCUUCUGUAGGAUCACUGUAGGCCACUGAAAACCCCCCUGGAUCAGGUUUACAGAGACCCUUAGACCCACUCAGGUCAGGGAACCGUCUGUGAAACAGGACUUUGGUAACAUCUAGUGGUACGUCUGAAGAACUACAACCUCCUCAGCUUCAGUGGAGACCCCAGAAACCAGUUUUUUCAAUUUUCAAUUUCAAUAAUAAUAAUAACAAGAAUACGAAUAAUAAGAAUACAAUAAUAAUUAAAAAAAAAACAGUAAUAAUAAUAACAAUGAUAAUUUUUCCCUCAGUACCUGAGAGGGUCAAUGAGCAGAAGAUUAUGGAGUAAAAUUCACGAUAAGAUCAUGAGAACUGUGAUCGCAGAGAGAAAGUAGGUUAACUCUAAACUCCUCUUCAUCUCUAAGAUCCUGGAAAAAGUUGUUUUUAGUCAAAUACAAUCAUUUUUAGACAGAAACAGCUUCUCCAGGUGUUCCACUCUGGUUUUAAAGCACAGCGCAGCAGUGAAACAGCACUUUUAGAGGUUUUUAACGAUCUUUUAUUUCUCACUGAUUCUGGGGAUUCAGCUCUUCUUCUGCUUUUAGAUCUUUCUGCAGCUUUUGUGGAUCACAACAUUUUAAUUCCUCGUCUUGAACACUGGAUGGGGGUUAAAGGUUAUAGUCCUGGAGUGGUUCAGGUCAUACCUGGAUGUCAGGAGCUUCUCUGUCGGCCAGCUUCUCCUCUCCCAUGUGGAGUUCCCCAAGGCUCCAUGCUUGGCCCAGUCUUUUUCUCCUUAUUCAUGCUCCCCUUGGGAUCUACAUUUAAAAAUAUAACAUUUCUUUUCAUUUCUAUGCUGAUGAUAAACAGCUGUAUUUACCCCUGAAAUUAGGAGCUUCCAACGCCGUGGGCCCACUGUUGGACCGUCUGAGGGACACUAAAACCUGGAUGGAUCUCAACUUUCUAAACUCAAAUGAGAGUCAGACUGAAGUCAUCGUCUUUGGACCCCAGAGCAGAUCUGUCCACCUCUGAGUCCUUUCUGAAAGACUGUCAAAAAUCUGGGGGUUAUAAUGGACAGAGAUUUUAAAAUGGAUCUACAGAUAAAUACAGUUUUUAUCAUCUUUGUCUUUUCAACAAGGUCAAGUCUUUUUUCGAGAAGGUUAUUCAUGCUUUUAUCACGACUCGUCUUGAUUAUUGUAAUGCUCUUUAUUUUGGUGUCAGUCAAACCUCUCUUCAUCGUUUAAGAUAAGAUGUUGUUCCAAAAGUUUAAAGUAAGUAUUCAUUAUGAGGGCCUGGAGUCAUGAGGAGGGGUCACAUGUCUGUAUUUAACGAGGCUCGAUAAUGAAACAAACUCAUUAUCCUGAAUCUUCUCGACGAACCUCCAGGUACAACAACGAAGAACUUCUGCAGACCUCUGCGACAUGUUGAGGUUUCCUUCAGACUGAAAACGGUCUGAGCUCAGAUUUCACUCUCGGUCGUUUUAGGGAAAUCACAGAGAUCACAUUUAGCUCCUCAUUUCAUGAGCAGUUUGAAAUGAUGUGAAUCCUGAAUUAGAGUAAACGGAUUUGAUCAAACGUCAUGGUUACUGCAGACUGAGGUGCCGCUCCUUCAGAGAGGAGGAUGGUUUUUAGACUUUGGUUAAUAUUCAGAGCUCCUUGAGUCCUGUAAUGAGCUGUGGUCGACUAAAGUGCCUUCAGAAUAAGUGGAUAAGAGGAUUUGCAUGAACCUUUGCAUGGUGAAAACAUUUGUGGCUGCUGUGCAAAUGUCCAAACUGUCCGUAUACUCAGCUGUCUGAGAGAGGAUGGACAUUUAGUGGAGUGAGAGCUGAACGAUGAAGGUCUUCACCUUUUCUCUUCUUCUGGGUGAGUCAUCCUCGUCACCGUCUGUUUCAUCUUCUUGAAUCUCUUCCUCUGAAUUCACUAAAAUACGAGGAUUUCAGACCUAAACUCUCAUCGUACAGCGUGUGGGAGUUAACUUGAUUUCUGAGAUAAACAGGUUUGUUGUUUCAGCUGCAGACGUCAGGUCCUGAUCUCUUUGUCUAUGAUAGAUCUCCAUCACUGACUUCAUUUCUGACUUUUCCUCUAACUCUGUGAAGACUUUGGUUUCUGUGCGUGAACUUGAGGAUGAUCCUGUUUCCACAUGUCUGGUCCUGACUGGUCUUUGUCCGUGUCUCCUCAGGCUCGCUCCUGGUCCUGGGUCGCUGUGUCUUCCCUCCAGGUGUGUGUGAUGUUGGUUCUCCUGACAGAUGAAGUUAGACUCCUGUGGAUCAUUAUCUCCAACUCUCAUGAUUUUCUCUUCUUCAUGCAGGUUCUUGUGAUGAAUACUCAAACCUCACCGACUCCUAUCGAAAUUAUUUAUUCACUUCGACCACGUUUCCUGGUUUUCCUCUUGAUGACGCUCGUCUUGUUGGGAAGUGGUGGCGUUUCACGGGCAUCGGUGGAGACAAAAUCUAUAAUUCAUGCUACACCACCCAAAGAGGUGGUACCUACUACAUCACUACUGUUCCUUUCUCCUUACCAACAGUUGAAUCUGAGACUGAAACCACAGGGACCGCUUAUACACACGCUGGAGCUUGUAAUAAUUAUCCUUUUACAAUGAGUGUGGUUCUCUGUCCUGGAGGGUUCCACAUCUACAAACCAUCACAACACCGUUACAGCACUUCAGGAUACACGACCUGUAAGAAACCACGACACAUGUUCGUACUUUGGUGUUUUUCAUUUAAAGGGAUAAUCCGGCAAAAAAUUAAUUUAAUUUAUACCAACUUUAGUAACGACCGCAGGAUAGAAAUACACAGCAGUCUGAGGAGCCAUGAACAAACCUCAACCAAAACGCCACUCUAUAGCCACAAAUAAUGCUCAGAACAGCACCUAACUUCAUCAACAGGACAUAUAGGGUCACAGACAUAGUACUAUAGUCAGAGUUGUUCUAACUCCUAAGAAAACAAACUUAAGCGGGGGCGUUUCUCCACCUCUGUAGUCUAUAAGCUGGGCCAAUAAACUUCUACUCUAGUAAAAUGAAAAGGUAAAGGUGUUUUUAUUGAGCCGAAUUAUCAAUAAAAUCAUGAUUUUGUUAACAGGUAUGGAUUUAUGUGCUGUCGAGUUAAUAUAUUUGAACAAGAGCACAGUAAAGUUAAAUCAGCUAAUUUUCCAAUGAGGUUCUGUUACUAAACUGAACUACACCAUGUUCUACUGAGGUUAGUACAUAUAGGGUCACAGACAUAGUACUAGACACCAAACAUCUUUUUAACUUUGACUCAUUUCUUUAGCAAAGAGACGAAACACAACUCACCUACUCUCUUCCAGCAGACGCUUGUUUGUAGAGAGACCUCAGGCCAGUCCAUUACGGACUACAGGGGGGUGUCGCAGCUCAAGAAAGAACAUUUAUAUAACAUUUUAUAUGUCCUGUUGAUGAAGUUAGGUGCUGUUCUGAGCAUUAUUUGUGGCUAUAGAGUGGCGUUUUGGUUGGGGGCGUGGCUCUCUGUAUUUCUAUCCUGCGGUCGUUACUAAAGUUGGUAUAACUAGAGAAGUAAGCGGUCGACAACAUUCAUCCCUGGAGGGGGGGUCUAACUCAGUGUUACAGUGUGUUUGACCCUAAAUGAAUUUUACGCCGGAAUAUCCCUUUAAAUAGAGUUACAGGUCUGUUUGUUUCUUGUUCUGUUCAGAUCACAGUGAGUGCGGCCCGGGUGACUGUGGACCUCUGGCCGAGUGUUCAGGUACUGGAGGUUGUGUCUGUGUUACCGGGUAUGAAAUCCCCCCAGAACACCUGCCCACUGCAGAGUCCUAUGGCUGUGUCGGUGAGUCCACUUUCCUUCAGCUCUGAAAUCAGAGCGGACUCCUCAGAACCACCAGGAGCUGAUGUUUGUGUCUCCUGACAGACAUCGAUGAGUGUGAGAGGACUUCAGGACUUUGUGGUUCCUACACCAACUGUACCAACAACAUCGGAUCCUACCUCUGCACCUGUCUGGACGGGUUCAACGCCACAGGAUCAGGACCUGUUGGAAAAUCCAACCCCUGCAAAGGUACCAUCAGAAAUGAAGCUGUUUGUGUGAGCUGCAGGAAUUUAAAGCUCUUCUUCUUCUUCUUCUUCUCUGUAGAUAUCGAUGAAUGCGUGGAGGACCCCUGUGGUGAUGGGACCUGCUCUAACAACGUUGGAAGUUUCUCCUGUUCCUGCUUCACAGGCUUCAUCCUUGACCUGAAGGCCACUCCUCUUUGCCAAGGUCAGUCUGAGAUUAUUUUAGACUCCAUCAAGAAGGCUGGGUGACUCUGAUUUCUUCUCAAACGUAGAAAAAGAUGGAGAAGUCCUUGGAGGAGCUGGACUGUCUGGAGGUCCAGAUGCCCUCCUUUGCACUUUAGUGAGAAACAAAGAGACCUGAUGGACCAGGACCUUCUUCAGGGUCUCAUCCUAACUGUGUUUCCUGCUCCUCAGAUAUCGAUGAGUGCUUCAACUCCACCGUCUGUGGACCUGACUCUGAGUGCACCAACACACCUGGAUCAUACACCUGUGCAUGUAAACCCGGCUUUGAAGCAGUCCAAGCGGACCAGGAGCCCAGCGAGAAGAACAUCUGUGUCGGUAUUUGAAUUGAUGAAAGUCCAACAUUUGGAGCAGAACCAGCUCCUGUUGGAGAUCUCCUGGUGUCCCUGAUCUUCUGUGUGUUUGAUGUUCUGGUCAGAUGUGGAUGAGUGUGACAGAGACGCCUCAGUCUGUGGUCCUCACGCUAACUGCACUAACUCCAUCGGCUCGUACCUCUGCACCUGCUUCUCUGGUUUCCGUGUCAACAACCCGGAGAUGAUCGCCAGCCAUGCUCACCCGUGUACAGGUGUGUUACCGUGCCGAAUACUCCUGACACGUGAUCUGGUCACCAUGGUAACCAUUUGACAGUCAGCUGUUUCCUCUCUCCGCAGACAUAGACGAGUGCAGUGAGACCCCCGGGAUCUGUGGGAAACAGACGGUGUGCACGAACGUCCCGGGGACCUUCUACUGCUCCUGUCCUGAUGGGUUCUACCCCUCAACGGGGAUCUUGUGGGAAGUCGGGGUCUCCUUUUGCAAAAGUAGGUCCAGGAUGAAGCAGAAGAUGUGAUGCACUUUGAACUUCUCAUCCCCUUCUCAUUAUUAACCUGUACAUGUUCUUCAGGUCUUCAUGAUAUUCUGGAGGAGCUUCAACCCACAGAGGUAGACAAAGACCGAGAGCUGCAGAAGAUCAGAAAUCAGACAAAUACAAGACCUCAUGGGUCUUCUGGCUUUAGUUCCUCUGAAAUCAGAGUUUCCCUACUUUAGACUGUGAGCAGGUCAAAGGUCAAGGUGACAGCAGACCAACGACAACAACCCAGACUCUGUUUUUGUCUUUUCUCCAGGGUCAGACCAAAGAGAGAGCUUUUCUGGACGACAUGGACAAACAGCUAAUAGACAAUGAAGGCGUGUUCUUACCAGACCCGGUGAGUGGAUCAGAACAGAAGAACCCCUCCAAACCAGAGGGUCUGUAGUUCUUAAUGACCGAGGGAUUACCACCAAUUUUCAUCCAGAACCUUUCACUUGUUCGUCUCCGCCCGUUUGCAUGGUGUGAAAUACGAUCCUCCUGAAACACGGAGUGUUUUAUUUUGAAAAGAAGCCGGAUGUUUUAUUUUGUGUCUGUGCCCGACUUCCUUUCCAGCACGGGUUAAUCUGUGCUGAAUUUAUCCGCCAUGCUCCGGCGUCCAGAAAAAAUAGAACUCUUGUGAUCAGCUGAGGAGUCAUGGUUACAAUCAGCUACGAUCGGAGGAUACGACCUUUUAGUAGCCGUUUAGGACUAAGUGGAAAUUGAGGGUUAGGUUUUCUCUCCCUGUCCUCAGACUGUUUACCUGCUCCAGGAAUCGUUCAUGCAAAUCUGCUCACAGACCAACAACAUGAUCCUGACUGCAGGUCCAGAGUCUGACAGGAACCAUCAGGGUAGAAAACAGUUGGUGGUCUUGGUGGUCUUGGUGGUGGCAGGUCAACAGGAGGUGGAAACUCCCCCAUCAUCAUCAUCAUGUGACUAACUCCGAUGACCCCUGAACUGCACUUUGACAUGAUGAUUGUUCUUCUGCUCUCUCUCUCUCUCUCUCUCUGCAGACGGUGGCGAACAGCUUCUCGGCGAGCAUGGUACCGACUCUCCUUUGUCUCUGUAUUUGGAUCCAGACUCAGAACCAUCAUCAGUUGUUCAGAUACUUUCACUCUUGCAGGAAGUGUCGGGUGUAGGACCUCGGGUCACAACAUCUACGGUGAGCAGUGAAGGUGACGGGGAGACCGGCAGCGUGAUCCUGGACAUCUCAGACCGUUUAGUUUCUGCGAUCGUGCAGCCGGGUCAGAACAGAACCAAGAGAUCUGUGCAGAGUCCGACUGUGGGUAAGAGGAGCUUCUCUUUAUUGAAUGUAGAUCUCCUUCAUGUGUGCCCAGAUCCACCCCAGCUGUCCUGGUCUUUGUUUCUCUAUUAGAUCUAAGUCUGGAGACCGUUGGGGCUGGAGAAACCUCUGCAGAGAGCUCGGUUCUCUCAGCUGGUGAAAACACCAUGGAGAUCGACCUUGGAGGUUUGGCCAAGAACAACAAUGGUGAGAAGGUGGUCCUUGUCCUUUUAGAGCAGAGGUCCAUGAUUCCCUCAAAGAGUGCCGAGCUGUGAUCCAGAUCUUUGUGGAUCACUCAGGACCAGUAUCUGAAAGUGUUGACCCGUUAGCUCACGCAGUCUCUCACGGAGGCUGACAGACUUGGCCUCUCUGAAGGUCCGUCUGACCCGGUCCUGUCAGAGUCUGUUGUCAGUGGAGAACCUUCCUCCCUGAGAUCUUCUCCAUGUGAACUUUUUCAGGUUCUGCAGCAGCCGCCUUCAUGACCCUGAGCGGGAUGGAGAGUCUCCUCAGUCAUUCCUACUUCCAAACAGAAAACCAAACACAGAUGCUCUCCAAGGUCAUCACCGCCAUCUUACCCUUCACCAACAACACCAACCUCACCCAGCCCGUCAACUUCACCAUCUACCAUGAGAAGGUGAAGCUGCUCACUUGAUCUAGCAUCCAGUUUGAGGAGAACCGAUUUCAGUUAUCUUGUGAUCUUCCAACAGUCCUUGUUUCCUUGUUCUCCUCAGGUUCCUGAAAACGGCAUCGUGACCUGUGUGUACUGGGAGGACAGACCAGAGGAGACGGGGGCCACACGCACAGGAGGAGAAGGACAGAAGAGGACCAUGCGUUGGUCGGUAGAGGGCUGCUGGGUGGCCUUCACCGAGCACAACAAGACAGUGUGCAGCUGCUCUCAUCUGUCCACGUUUGCCCUCAUCAUGCAGAUCGGGGAGGUAGGAGAUCUCUGAGAUGAUGAUGAUGUGCACUGACCUCUUGAAGACCAUCAUCACAGACAUGUUGUGUCUCCUCCUCAGCCUCCACCUGAGAACCCUUUCCUGGAGUGGCUGAACCGGAUGUGUGUGAUCGUGGGACUCUUCUUCUUCAGUUUGGCCAUCUUCACCUUCCUUCUGUGCAGCUGGAACCCGAAGAUCAACAACACGGCGCGUCUCCACCUCUGCCUCAGCCUGGCCUUGUCCCAUCUGCUGCUGCUGUGGAAUGACAGAUACACUGAAGACCAGGUAGACUUUGGACGGCGUGCAGACGGCGGUUUGCAGCUUCAUGUACUUGAUGAUGGAGGUAUGGAACCUGGUCCCGCCUUCACAGCUGUCCUAAUCCUCCUCCUUGUGUCUGUCCGUCUGUUCAGCUGGCCUGCACCGUCAUGGCGGGCCUUCUCCACUUCUUAGUCAUUGCCAGCUUUGUGUGGAUGCUGCUGGAGGCGCUGCAGCUCCACCUGUUGGUCCGGAGGCUCUCCAAGGUGCAGGUCAUCCAGAGAGACGGCCUCCCGCGGCCCCUUCUCUACCUGCUGGGCUACGGCGUUCCCUUUGUGAUCGUGGGCGUGUCGGCGCUGGUUUAUUCUGACGGAUAUGGAGCGACUGAGGACGAGGCGUGAGUAAGACAGACAGUCAGACAUGCUGGAGAUCCGGUUCUCCUUCACUGUUCAUAUGGAUCCAGUUCAAACGGACCUUUCUUUGGUUCUGCUGCAGGUGCUGGCUCUCUGCACGCCGAAACUUUAAGUGGGCGCUGACGGGUCCGGUCAUCGCCAUCCUCGCAGUGAGUUUAAUGAAGGUUAAAGGGUCAAACCCACUGAACUGGUCUGGACUGUGGGGUCUACCAGUCCCUCCGGACCAAGCUGCUGUCUUUGUUUGUUUCUUUGCUGAUGACCUGCUGGUUUAUUCCGGUUUAUUCUGUUUUCUUAAAGUUUAUUCUGGUUUAUUCUGGUUUGUUCCAGUUUAUUCUGGUUUAUUCUGGUUAAUUAAGGUUUAUUCUUGUUUACACUGGUUUAUUCUGAUUUCUUCUGGUAUGUAUUGGUUUAUUCCAAAUAUACUUUCAUUCUGGUUUGUUCUGGUUUAUUCCGAUUUAUUCUGGUUUAUGCUGGUUUGUUCCGUUUUUUUUUCUUUUUCUGGUUUAUUCUGUUUUAUAUUGAUUUAUGGUAGUUUGUUCUGGUUUAUUCUGGUUUGUUGUGUUUUAUUUUUCGAUUUUAUUCCGGUUUAUUUUGGAUAAUUUUAGUUUUUUUCUGUUUUACUCUGGUCUAUUCUGGUUUAUCCUGGUUUAUUCUGGUUUGUUCUGGUUUAUUCUGGUCAAAUAAGGUUUAUUCUUGUUUACUCUGGUUUUACUCUGAUUUCUCCUGGUAUAUAUUGGUUUAUUCCAAAUAUUCUGGUUCAUUCCAGUUCAUUCUGGUUUACUAUGGUUUAUUCCGGGUUAUCCUGACUUCUUCUGGUAUAUUCUGUUUUUUUUCAAAUAUUUGGGUUAAUUCUUGUUUAUUCCAGUUUAUUCUGGUUUAUGCUGGUUUAUUCUGGUCUGUGCUGGUUUAUUCCAGUUCAUUUCGGUUUUAUCUGGUUUGUUCUUUUUUUUCUUCUUCUGUUUUAUUCUGUUUUACUCUGGUUUAUUCCGGUUCAUUCUGGUUUAUUCUGGUUUAUUCUGGUUUAUUCCGGUUAAUUCUAGUUUAUUCUGGUUUAUUCUGGUUCAUUCUGGUUUAUUCCGGUUCAUUCUGGUUUAUUCUGGUUCAUUCUGGUUUAUUCCGGUUUCUUCUGGUUUAUUCUUGACAAUUCUCUCCUGUUUCAGCUGAACUGGUUGUUAUUCUGUGCCACAUUAUGGAGUCUCAGACCCACACUGGCGAACAUGAAGAGUGACGUUUCUCAGUCCAAAGACACCAGGUACCAACAGGGGGUCCUGAAGGCCGUAUUAACUUCAUGAGAUCUUCUCAUAAAAACAGAUUUAGAGUUUUAUAUGACUAUCAAUUCUCUUUUCUUACAGGUUGAUCAUUUUUAAGAUCCUGGCCCAGUUUGUCAUACUGGGCUGUACCUGGAUCCUGGGUCUGUACCAGACCAACCUCUUCUUCCAGGUCCUCUUCAUCAUCCUGAACUCCCAGCAGGGAACCUUCCUCUUCAUCGUCCACUGUCUGCUCAACAAGGAGGUAGACCCACAGACAGAGGAGAACUGAUACUGGACCCAGAGGUUCUGGAGGAACAAAAGCACUAAAGAGUCUGUGUGUGUGUGUGUGUGUGUGUGUGUAGGUCAGAGACGAGUACCUGAAAUGGCUGACCUGCUCCUUCAAUAAGCAGAGACCUGAAGGAUCUGUGGUAAGUUCUGAGGAGGAGGACACCAACAGGAACCAUGAAGUCAGUUCAGUUUGAUUCAUGCUGGAGGGAUUAGUGAUGAAACAGUGAAGAAAUGAACUUUUAUACCUUUAUUAGACCAUGAAAAUGUUGAGACUGUGAACAUCUGUGUCCACAGAAGGACGUCCCCUCGGUCUCAGAGGACUUGGAUAAGGCUGGAGAGCAGACGGACUGA